AUGGCAGAUGCGAGCCGUCGGGUUCUGAAAGCCGCCGCGCCCGUAGCGGCGCCCGCGUCGGCGGGGGCCGGGGCAGGGGCCGGGGCACCCGCGGUUGGCGCGCCACCGCCGCCACUGGCGCCGGUCGACCAGUAUUACGAUGACGACUACAUGCAGGACUACACUCUGGAGCAAGUGAUCGCAGCCGCGUCGCCUCAGGCUGCGCCCCGAGCGCCGCCUUCUCCGCCGCGAUCUCUGCGAAUGAAGGUUCCGUACACGAUUAAAUUUGCGGACGUGUCCAAGUCGUUUUACAUUCUUAACUACCUCGCGAACUCAGUGUGCAAGUUCCCGGCCGGGCCGACGAUUUUCCUGCCGACGAAUCAGGCGUGGAGCGACGCGCUCGAGGGGUACAAGAAGAGCCGCAGCAGCGGCGCGCUGUACAAAGCGCUCGACGCGGUCGCGAGCGAUCGGAUCAAGAACGCGAUUGUCUGGGCGGGGAGUAAGACCAUGAUAAACAACACUGAGCUGCCGCGUCUCGCUGAUAAGGCGAAAUCGUGCAAAACGCUCACGACGCAUCCGAUCAGGGAGGCCGCGCGGACCGCGCUCUACAACCUGAUGUUGUUCCACACGGCGGCUUCUCGGGUUACGAUCUUGAAUCUGGAUAGCCAGUGUACCGCCACAGGCACGUCUUUCAAGACCGCGUUCAACAGCAACAACAUGAACUUCAAGUACAACAGCACCGACACUGGUUUCAUUUCCGGUUCGGACCCCCUUGCAUCUGGCGCAACUUCUGGAACUGCGUCUGCUGUGUCAAUGAUUGACGAGCCGCAGAAGGAUUAUUUCUACGUCAACGCGGUUGUCUUCCCAAGCAACAACUCCUCCCUGCCUGCCACUUAUCUACAUGCCCCCAGGUUCUUAUUUUUUGUUUCUCUCCUUUCUCACCUUUCUCGUCACCUUCACUCCCAUUUCUCGUCCCCCUCACUCCCGUUUCUCCUCCCCCUCACUCCCAUUCAUCCUCCCCCUCACUCUCAUUCCUCCUCCUCGUCACUCCCAUUCCUCCUCUCUCCCAUUCCUCCUCCUCUCUCCCAUUCCUCCUCUCUCCCAUUCCUCCUCCUCUCUCCCAUUCCUCCUCUCUCCCAUUCCUCCUCCUCUCUCCCAUUCCUCCUCUCUCCCAUUCCUCCUCUCUCCCAGUCCUCUUCCUCUCUCCCAUUCCUCCUCUUCCUCUCUCCCAUUCCUCCCUCCCUUCCUCCCCCUCACUCCAUUCCCCCUCCCCCUCACUCCCAUUUCUUCACCCCUUCUCCAGCUGCUACUGUCUCGCGUCUCUUCACUGCUCUGCUGAUCCUCGCCUCUGUUUUUGCCAGUGCCCUCUAG